UAACAUACAUAGUUUACUGAUAUAAUAUUAUAAUUUACGUAUAAGUUGGCGAAUACCAUGCUGAAAGAGAAACAGAAAGCUGAGUUUGGUUCAUCUGGAGAUGGCUUCUACAAGUCCAACAGUGAGUUUAUGGGAAAACGCCAUGUUAUUUUAGCAUUUGAAAGUUCUGCUUCAGCUAUGUAUAAGAUAGUUCGUCCCACCACCGGAGAAUCACCUCGGGAUAUGCAUCUGGCAGAAUUAACUAAGAAAUAUUCAAAAGUUUCAUCUUUAGAAGCAGCCCAAAUAAGUUGGGAACACGAGUAUGAAAUUUCAUCUAAACAGGGUUACUUGAUUAGUCAUUGACUUGCUGUGCUAGCUGUGGCGGUGGAGAAACCACCGUGAGGCAACCGAGCUCCACCAUGAAAGAAUUUCAGCAAUCAACGGAUCUUGAACGAGCACACUCUUUCUUCCAAAGCAACAUCUACAUUGAUUUUGAAGAAGUUCCCUGGCCUCACUCUGACCUGAAGAAGACGUAACAGUUGAAGAACAAACAUAAUCAAACCUCUUGGUAAGUAUUCACUCAAUCAAUUCAUCGAUCACUUUCUCUAACAGUCGCAAUAAGAAUAUGUGGUGAUUUGAUGGAAUUUUUUGUAGAAUUACCCUGUGAUUUGUAAGACAUACAUGC